UCAACUAUUGUCCGGGUCAUUGAAACCAAGGCCACAGAAUUUGCAAUAACGUCCGCAGUUUGUCAUUACGUAUGUCAAAAAAGUACAACUAUGUUGCAGUCUGAUGUUAUGAAUUCCGACGACAACGAGAGUGAUGAAUUUGAGGCGAGUGGCGAGGUCGGGGACGAGAAGACUGCGAGGGAUGUAGAGCAGACUUGGGUGAUGGCACGCAUUUCCUCUGCCACUUCUAUUCUACCCGCUGUCGUGCAGACGGGACGAGCACUCACAGGAAGACUGCAGACAUGGAUAGCGUCACAACUUCCAGACACAGUGGCAGGUGGAGAGCUCUUAACUGCAGCUGACACUCUGACAUCUGGUGAAGCUUCGCCAGGAGAGAUGCUACACAGUGUGGCUGUCGCUCUUAGAAGACAACACAACAUCAAUGAGGUUCAGUCUCAGCUUGGCCGAUUGAACACCUUGGCAAAUAUGGCUAAUUAUGUGAAGUGCAGACAAGUUGAGUCUGUACUGUCAGAGAAUCGACAGAACGUCGAUCGGCUUUGUUCACAAGUCACCUCACAGACAUCUGUCAUCAGAGAUCUAACUGGGCGCGUUUCAAGUUUACGUGAAGAUGUGGAGUGUCAACGCAGUGUGUCUGCAAGGCUUGAGCGUGACUUGAACCAACAAACAGUCCUCUUCCAGUCCUCAGUACAACAGACACGGAAAGAUAUCGAGCGGCAACAGAGUUUGCUAACAAAGCAACAAGAUAUUGUAAAUAGUCUGGUUAAUAGCAAGAUAAAGCAAGAUUUGUUUGUUGAUGGAGGGUUGCUGGGUUGUUCUCUUUUGGUAGUAAAUUCCUUUAUAGUCAAUUUUCCCUUGAAGGUAAUUUUGUCAUUUGUUCCAAGAGAUCAACUUCAAAAAUGGUUGAGAUUAAUGUUGAAAUUGUUGUUGUUGGUAAGGACAUUUAGUUAUGUCCGUGGGUUUCUAAUGAAAUAUGGGUUGCACAGCAGGGUGGGGUCUGUUUGGUCUUAUGCAAGGCUACUGCCUGCUGUUGGUGAAUGGUCUUAUGAACGCAUGUCUCAAUCAAUUUGGGGAAGACAAAAAGUUGUUGCAGGGAGUGAUGACCAAUUGAAUACCGAAUCCACUCGGCCCAGUGGAAUGGAGCUUUGUUGACAUUGAAAUUGUAUUCCAGUAGUAUUGUAAUAGAAAUAAUAAUAACUACUAUCACAACAAGAAUAUGAUGUAGCAGUACCCACUA